AUGCUCUUCCUCAUCUCAUAUGAUGAUGAUUCUCCAGCUGGGUCUGUCAAAGGACUCAGACCACUCCGGAGUGGAACGUCUCUGGCUGGGAACGAUAGGUUCCGUGCAGCUCUGGAGCUGUCCGUCUCCAGCGGUGUCCCUAACAGACAUGCGACAAGCAUGUGUCUCCGUGUGAGUAACUGCAUGUGUUGUAAACCUCCUUACUCAUCCUCCGGGAGGGUGAGGUGGAUGUGGUUGGUGACAUUGGUCCACAGAUGUCCCCUUCAGAAUGUCCACGAAUCCACGACUUCAAAGUUUCGUGAACUACCCGCCUCACCAUUCAAGAGUGGGGCGGUGAGCACUGCUCUGUUGGCUGGAGGUAUUUGGAGAUGCUCUACAUCAGAUGUGACAUUCUCCUCAACAUUGGAUGGAGGUACAUGUGUUUCUUCCGCUUUGGUCAAGAGGCAAUGUGUUGCGCCCGAUGGUUCCUCUGGAUACAUUGGUAGACCUCUUGUGUAUAGUAAGAAAUGUGGGAUUCAAAGUAAGAUCAGAGUUAGAGAGGGAAAGGGAAGACUUCUGUCAGGAUCACGGGUACCUAUAGACGGGUUCCUCAAGAGUCAGUCGAUAUCGAGCCUUUUAGGACGGUUUAUGAUCGCGGGCUUGCUACCCGGUCAUGACACUAUCUCCCCAAAGUCAAUAUGUUACGUGAUCAACUGA